GGGAAAUAAGUUACCACGGGGAUUCUGCCCUGGGUUGGUUAGUCCCGUGAGACGCUAGCCGAGGAGGUGUACAGGAUUUUUCUCUUGGAGGGGCAGCAAGAUAAAAGGGUUAGCCAUGACAUCUUUAAUCAGAAAGGUGAUCAGCACUGCGAAAGCUCCAGGGGCCAUCGGUCCUUACAGUCAAGCUGUGUUAAUCGACAGGACCGUUUACAUCUCAGGACAAAUAGGCAUGGACCCUGCAAGUGGACAGCUUGUGCCAGGUGGGGUGGCAGAGGAAGCCAAACAAGCUCUUACAAACAUGGGUGAAAUUCUGAAAGCUGCUGGCUGUGACUUCACUAAUGUGGUGAAAACAACUGUUUUGCUGGCUGACAUAAAUGACUUCAACACUGUCAAUGACAUCUACAAACAGUAUUUUAAGAGCAGUUUUCCUGCGAGAGCUGCUUACCAGGUUGCUGCUUUGCCUAAAGGGAGCCGGGUAGAGAUUGAAGCAGUGGCUGUCCAGGGACCCCUCACAACAGCGUCGCUGUAAGCGGGGCCGGCAUGAUUUAGCCUGGAAUCUCAGCAGCAUUUUUAAAUUAACAUCUUAAUCUUUACAGUUGAUGUUGGAAAGUGUAUGAUUGACUAAAACAUUGGAAGUUACUAUGGAAAUACCAUAUAAUUGGGGGAAAUGAGCAUGAACUGAAGGUCUGAUGACAACUCCAGUUACUGGUGUUAUAAAUCACACACACACUUGUGUGACUGAAUGUGAAAAAAGACACACGCAUUCUGUACAUCUGCAAAUAAAUGAAAGUAAAGGGAAAUAACAUGUAGGAGAGAGGGGUUGCUCUUCAUGAUAAAUAAUAAAAGCACACCUAAUUCAAUUAAAGCCUAUUAAUUUAAUGACGUGCAGUAUUUAAUUCUCACAUCAGCUAUGUAACUCUGUUUUUACUUGGAUAAAUUAAAGUACUUAAGUUUGAAUGAUAGAGGUGAAGGGGAAGAAAGUGGACCACAAUUUUCAUAGAUAAUAUUUUUCUAAUGGAAAUAAACAGACAUGCAGAUUUUC